AUGGUUCAUUCCGGAACCGAUGAUUCUAGCAGAGUCCAUGGAUGUGCAUCUGGUUGCUGGAGGAUCAUAGGUAGAGCUGUAGUGUUAAGAUCGAAUCUUGGGCAGAAAAUUCUAGGAAUCAAGAGGAUUCUCAAGUUCUGCGAACAGCGAAAGCCUAGAGAGUACAGGCGUCAGGCGAGUGUGGGUGAUGGAAGAAUACACACUUCCAAAAGAUUGGGGAAAGGAGGAAUAGGUACUAAGUCAUGGAAGAGUACUAUCCCUAAAGAACAGCUCAGCUUGCCCGUUUAUGGAGUCGCUUUGGCUUCUGUAGAGAGGCAAGAUCGUUAUUAUGCAGAUACUAUCAUGAAAUCUUGGGGACCGAAAUGGCCAACCUACGCCACCAACGACGUCUACUCAAAGUUCCCUUCAGAUCUUGUCGACUUUAAAGAUCCCAAGUCCUCUACAAACGGAUAUUGUUUCUAUGUCAACAAGUUUGAUGCUGGUGGUGAGACAUGUGAGUGGCUGAUGACCCCGCAAGAUGAAGAUAGGAUGAUCUAUUCUAAGGUAACCGGGAAGAUCGUGGGAAAGGUGAGGACUUUUACUUGUUUGGAAUCAGUUAGUAGAGAAGAAGAAAUGGUUAGUUGGGUGAUGGAGGAGUAUUCAGUAUUGAUGAAUAUGAAGAAGGGGAAAGUAAUCUGUGUAAUCAAGCAAGGACGUUAUAACAGAUAG